UUUUUUCGCAUAACAUACCUUCUUGACACCGCCAGUGAUGUUCAUGCUUGUUCGCUCAAUGCUGCCCAGAACCUUUGCUUCCGCAACUGGUCGCAAUAUCUUGCGUUCUGCAUUCUAGACGUACGUUCAUGAACGCACGAGACGAGGUCACUCUUGCGCUCGACAGCGAUUUUAAAGGGCACAGUCAACGACCCUACGGAGUUCCCUCCUUCAUCAAGGACGAAUGGCUCGUGUCGCUAGGCUUUCGAGCGACUUCUUGCGGCCUUCCUCAUUCCCAUGACCGCAGCUGCUUUCGUGACUUCUGGAUCAUUAUGCCCCGUCCUCGACGAAAUACCAGAUAUUAGCUUAGUGAUGCGCUCUCAUAUUGGGGUGCGUGACCAUCAACGUUCGACUAAUGGCGUGCACAAACGCAAAUUCCCCAUCAUUAGUCCUAUCAUGACUGGGACACUAAGAUCAGCGACGGUCGGCUCGACGGAGCUGAUUGCGAAGGUCUGGACUGCAUGAGAUCUGAUGCAGGGUGGGCAAAGUGACUUCACGCGUGGUAGGCCCGUCGCCCGAGGCGACUUUUAAACUGGGUUGGACGUGGAGACCCAUAGAGACCUAUGCACGCCUGCCACACAAUAUUACACAUGCGCAUUUUUGUCAAAAUAGGCACGG